AGCAAGCUCCUGCAGGGCGCUCUAAAGAUAAACAAAACAUCUACUACCUACCUAUCCAAUAAGAAGGGUUAUGGCCUGAGGUGCUCCAAUAUACACGUAGACCUCAUACCGUUUCAGCAACUCGUCAGCAGUGAAUAUCACUCCUAUAUAACCACCUCAUCGCUCUUCACACCCUCGAGACCCUGGAGUUUUAUCCUAUUACUGAAAUCCUACGUUGCUCUUUAUUCACAGUUCGCCAACAUGUCAAUGAAGCCCCAGAACAUUGGCAUCAAAGCCAUCGAGAUUUACUUUCCCAGCCGCUAUGUACCGCAGCCCGAACUAGAGAGCUUUCUGGGGGCGAGUGCCGGAAAGUUUACCAUUGGACUCGGCCAGCAGAAGAUGAGCUUCUGUGAUGACCGAGAAGAUAUUUACUCCUUAGCCCUCACGACUGUUUCCUCGCUGCUCCGAAAAUAUUCAAUCGAUCCGAAGACGAUCGGCCGCCUAGAGGUCGGAACAGAAACCCUCUUAGACAAGUCAAAGUCCUGCAAGUCCGUCCUCAUGCAGCUGUUCAGCGAUAACCCUGAUAUCGAAGGUGUCGAUACAUGCAACGCCUGCUAUGGCGGGACGAACGCAUUGUUCAACGCGGUUAACUGGAUCGAAUCGUCCGCUUGGGACGGCCGCAACGCGAUCGUCGUCGCGGGCGAUAUUGCCUUAUAUGACACGCCGGCGGCGCGCCCGACGGGCGGUGUUGGCUGCGUCGCCAUGCUCAUUGGCCCGGACGCGCCAUUGGUGCUGGAGCCACUCCGUGCAUCGUACAUGAAGCAUGUGUACGACUUCUACAAGGCUGAUUUCAAGUCCGAGUACCCUCUUGUCGACGGGCACUUCUCGAAUACUUGUUACAUCCAGGCGCUAGAUGGUUGCUAUGAACGAUAUCGCAGUAAGAGGCUAGCCAAAACCAAUGGCGCGGCAAACGGGGUGGAGAACAAGGACAGCUUUCUAGAUACCUUUGACUAUAUGGUUUUCCAUGCCCCCAACUGCAAGUUGGUGGUUAAAGGGUAUGGUCGUCUGCUAUUUAACGAUUUCCGGCUAGAGCCCAACCGUUUCGAUGAUGUCCCGUCCGAGAUCCGCAAUGUUGAGUAUGCGGCGUCUUUGACGGAUAAAAGCAUUGAGAAGGCCUGUAUCGGGUUAAUAAAGGAGAAGUUUUUGGAGCGCGUCCAGCCGUCGCUUACGGCCCCGGCCAAUUGUGGCAAUAUGUAUACGGCCAGCUUAUACUCCGGGCUGGUGAGUCUGUUGAGCAAUGUCCCGAGUGAGGAGCUGCAGGACAAGAGCAUCGGUAUGUUCAGCUAUGGCGGUGGUCUUGCGAGCAGCAUGUUCAGCUUCCAGGUCAGAGGCGAUAUAACGGAUAUAGCUCGAAAGAUCCAGCUGCAUAAUCGCUUAGAUGAGCGUACAGCGGUUACUCCUGAUGUAUAUGAUGAGAUGUGUCAACUCCGCGUGAAGGCAUACCAACAAAGGAACUACACUCCUGAGGGAAGCAUUGACAGCCUCUCACCAGGCACAUACUAUCUAACGCACGUCGACGAUAUGUUCCGGCGGAAGUACGAGAUGAAACCGUAUGCGCGAUUCCAGAAUAAGCUGCCUAAUUAGCAAAUGUUAUGCCGUCAAAAGGCAUCAAUGCCAUAUUCUUUUCAUUGCCGUAAUCUAUCUCCAGCAGGGAUUAGAUACAUCUUUUCAAUGACAGAACGAUGUAUAUGUAAAGUAUUGGCCCAUCUCACUCCUUCUUAACUGGAUAUUGGGGCCACGCAUUAUCAGC